UUGAAUGCAUGUCACAGUGUAUCACACCCACAAUAGGGAGCAGCUGGGGAUUAUACUGUAAAAGCAUGGUCUAUAUCUUGCUUGGAGCAAGGUGCAUCAGACAUUUGAUGAAUACAAUAUGCUGCCUUCACCAGCUGGGACAGGUGGCAGUCCUGAUUUAUGGGUCUAAUCCCUGGGGUCCUUACAGUGUCACUCUGCAUUCCUGCUCCCUAGUUCUGGGCCCCAAAGAUUCUUAAGGACCCAGUCCCCCCCCAGGUUUUCUCAGGUUGCUGCCUGUAGUGCUGAUCCUUAAGAAAUUUUGGAGCACUAGCCCAAAGCAUUUAACUUUGGAGAUUCUUAGUUACUUUUCACAAAUGGUGUGCUGGGCACUUUACAUGCUAUUUUGAAGGUGAAACCCUGCCCACAAUGAGUACAAAAAAAUCAAAGGGGAUGAUGUAGGACAAGCAGUGAUGUGUUACAGUGGGGUUAGUAUCUGGCUACCUCCACAAUUUUUGAUAUCUUAAAUAGAUUUUCUAUUACUGGAUUUUAUUAUAAUUAUAUGUAUUGCAGCAAUUCCCACACCGUUUUCAGCACCGUUCAAACAUCCAGGAAACGUUGCUGUUCAAACACAGGCACUGAUGUGAUGAGCUUAGUCUAACAAAUACUUGUUCACACUUCUCUAGUUGUAGAAGAUGGGAAGUCAGGCUAAGAGAGAGGAAAAAUAAAUAGGCUUUUUGGAAGAGGUGUUUUUCAGGAGGGCGUUGGAUGAGGAGCAGAUGGAGGCCUGGGAGAUAAGAUCAAGGAGGGGGUUCCCAGUGUUGGGGGCAGCAAAGAGGGUGAGAAGGACACAAAGAGGCACCUGUGUGGCUUGAGGAAAAUAGAAGAGCAGAGAGAGGCUUGAAGCUAAACUGUGCAGCGUCUUAAAGGUGAAGACAAGAGCCUGAAUUUGAUGUGGUGAGUGUAGAGAAGCCAGUGCAGUGCUCUGAAGAGGGGCUGGGUGCAUUUGGAACAGCAGAGAGUGUUUGGAAGGAUGAGUCAAGGAUCUGGGAGACCACACAGGAGGAAUUUCUGGUACUCCAAGUUUGCAGUUGUGCAGAUUGACACAGCUCGGGAGCUAGAGGACCCUGACUACCUUAUGGAGAGCUACCUGAACCUGGCUCGGAGCAACGAGAAACUCUGUGAAUUCCAGAAAACCAUCUCUUACUGUAAGACAUGCCUGAACAUGCAGGGCACCACUGUGAGCCUGCAACUGAAUGGCCAGGUGAGCCUCAGUAUGGGCAAUGCCUUCCUGGGCCUCAGCAUCUUUCAGAAGGCACUGGAGUGUUUCGAGAAAGCCCUGCGCUAUGCACACAACAAUGACGACAAGAUGCUGGAAUGUCGAGUCUGCUGCAGCUUGGGCAGUUUCUACACACAGAUCAAGGACUAUGAGAAAGCCCUGUUCUUCCCAUGUAAAGCAGCUGAAUUGGUGAAUGAUUAUGGAAAGGGCUGGAGUUUGAAGUACCGAGCAAUGAGCCAGUACCACAUGGCAGUGGCCUAUCGGAAGCUGGGGCACCUGGCAGAUGCUAUGGAAUGCUGUGAGGAGUCAAUGAAGAUUGCUCUGCAGCAUGGGGACCGGCCACUGCAGGCACUGUGCCUACUCUGCUUUGCUGAUAUCCACCGCAGCCGAGCAGACAUACAGACAGCCUUUCCUCGCUAUGAUUCCUCCAUGAGCAUCAUGACAGAGAUUGGAAACCGCCUGGGACAGAUCCAGGUACUGCUGGGAGUGGCCAAGUGUUGGGUGAUCCAGAAGGAGCUAGACAAGGCACUGGAAGGCAUUGAGAAGGCCCAAGAGCUGGCAGAGGGACUGGGGAACAAGCUUGGCCUGCUGAAGCUUCACUGCCUGUGUGAAGGGAUCUAUCGCACAAAGGGACAGCAACGGGAACUUCGUGACCAUGUGGUGAAGUUCCACGAGUGUGUAGAGGAGAUGGAGCUGUACUGCGGCAUGUGUGGAGAGUCCAUUGGGGAGAAGAACAACCAGCUCCAGGCGCUGCCUUGCUCCCAUUUCUUCCAUUUAAAAUGCCUUCAGACUAAUGGGACCCGUGGCUGCCCCAACUGCCGACGUUCAUCAAUGAAACCGGGAUUCGUGUGACCUGCUGAAUCAGUCAUUUUGAGAGAGCUCAUAUUCUGACUUGCAACAGAGGCCAGAAGACAGAACCCUGGAAUGUCAUCCAGCGCGCACAGCCUGAAAGGAGGACCCUUAUUUGCAGGUGGAGAGGUCUCCUGCACAGGAUGCAACAAGUGAACCUUGAUCUUUUACUCUAACCUGACAUUUUACCUGUGUUCAGAAGCAGCAGUCAUCCUGGAGUCCCCCUGGAACCACCUCUCUAGAGCCAGUUUCACACUCUACGUGCCUGUUCUAGGACUUGCCUGACACUUUCUCCAGUGCCAGUUCACACUCCAUUUUUGCUCCUAUGCAGUCAGCUGUACCAGGGCUAGUUAUUGUCUUUACUUGCCUUUCUUUGGUGCUUGUUUUUGCCCCUCCUGAGAAGUGAUGCUGGGGACUGGCCAGUAGUCCUGGGUAGAUGUAACACAGCAACUUUGUCUGUGUUGGAGUAGCAGCCUCUUCUCAGCAUGCCCUGCUGUAAAUGCUGCCAGUAUACGCUGUAGGCUCCCUUUUUUUCAGCAACAGGAUUUAGACCCUACUCCUGCCUUAUACUAGAUCCCUCCUAGCAAUUCACUACCCAAUGUAAAAAAUGGAUUUAAUUCAGAAAUCUGUAUUAAUGAGAAAACAAACCCAAGGCAUGACUAUGAUAGUGUCCUGUGCCAUCAUGUCUUCCUCGUUCCUCACUAGCGCCUUACUCUCUUCAGCGUGUCCUCAGCUGUCUGCUGGGGCCUGUAUCCCCCUCUCUGUGCUAAUGCAAUAUCCUCCCCGUAAGGCUGCAAGACUGUGUGUGUGUUACCCCCGGAGCUCUGUGCAAACAAGGUGCCUCCCUGAACAGAGGUCUGUUCAGCAUGGACUGCUGCUAGGGGCACGUGGGCCGCGCGGCGGUGUCACUGGACAGGCCGCUGGGGGCCAGGCAGAGCAGGUUUCGUGUG